UUUUCAGAAUUCUUGGAUAUCUUACUACAUCAAAAUUAUGAUGUUCCGGCUCUUCCUUCUUAUUUCUUUCAUUGUUUUGUGCCACUCCAUUGUUUCUGAAAUCUCUCACAGAUUCUUGCAUCGAGAUCCAGAGUACGAAGGAAGAGUCUACUACGAGCCUCUAUACACAUCGAAAGAUUUCCGUCUUGGUGGUUCAGCCCAACUCUCUCCACUAUAUGAAAUGACGAAUUCACAUCUUCUCAACUUGGCCGAUCUUCUCCGAAAACGAACAGAAACUCAAACUCCUUAUUGAAUCAUGUACAAAUUUUGAAUAACAAUCAACAAUAGAAGUUUUUAUAAAUCUGCGACAUUUCAUCAGUCGAAUAAAUAAUCUUACUGUUU